AUGCUGACCCAAGCCUUUCUUGUCGUCGUGGUGGUAGCCAUUGCGUCUGCUGGUGACGUUGACAAUGGCAAUUACAACAAACAAGGCCAUUCCUUGAACAAUAGAAGGCUGGUCGGCAACAGUGGCAGCAUCAACGACGGUGGCAGAUAUAGAUCUGGACUGUCUGAGGGUAGUUCGGUUGGAUCUCAUGGAGGUGUUGUUGGCAAUGGACACACCCUUGGUAAUCAAAACAGACGCAUUGGUAGUAUCCAUGGAAACACCGGCAUCGGCAACACCCACGGCAACAACAACUACCAUGGUAACAACAAUUUUCGUGGCAACAACAUCCAUGGCUCUUCCCCUGUUAGAUCUAACGGCUACGGAACCGAGAACGGUUUAGUUGGUGGUGUAGGCACUGGCGGUUAUGAUAAUGGUAAUGUCGGCGGUCUUCGUAACCACGGUAACGUCGGGUCAAAUACCGGCUACGGCCAGAACUCCAUCGGUAAUGUCCGUUAUGAUAAUGGUAACACCAUUGGAAUUGGUAAUAGUUUUGGCAACAACAGAAUUUCGUCUCUUGGGGGAAAUGGUGCCUAUUCUAAUAACGGUAACAUUGGAGGUUCAGGGCAUGGUUCAGACAUUGGGGUUAUUGGAAAGAAUUUCCAGGGACAUCGAGGAUUUGACGCUAAUAAUGGCAUUGGAUCCGAUAUCCAUGGGUCGAAUAAUUUCAAUAGUGGAAAUGGAUACAACAAUGGGGUUUCAAAUCUUGGAAAUAAUAAUGGUUUCAGUCAUGGAAACUCGGGCCUUGGUGGUAAUAACAUGCACAGUUCCAAUAGGUUUGGAGGCUCAGGUAUCCAUGGUAACUCUGGUUUAACCAAUAGUGGCUCUGUUCUUGGUGGUAUCAAAGGUUACAGCGGAAACAACUUUAACGGUGACAACGGUUUUGGACGUGGGAAUUCUGUUCUCGGUGGAAAUGCCAUUCAUGGUUCUGGCGUUGUUAAUGGGAAUUCUGGUUUUGGAAACAAUGGGAUCCAUGGUUCCAAUGACUUUGUAGGUCACACGGGUAUCGGCAACCAGAGAGGAAUAGUUGGAGACCACCAUAACGGUUUUGUGACAGGUAACGGCAUUGCUGGAAACAAUAAUUUUAAUUCAGGGUAUAACAACAAUGGAGGAUCUUUGUAUAAUAAUAAUGGUGUUAUAUCAGGGAAUACUGGUAUCCAUGGCAACUCUGGUAGUGUUGGAAGUACUGGAUAUGGUAACGAUGGUGGCUCUGUUAUAUCCGGUCAGGGGAUUGGGAGUGGCAUCAAUGGCGGCAUAAAUGGUGGUCAUAGUAACAUAGGUAACAUCAAUGGCGGCAUUAAUGGUGGCCAUAGUAACAUAGGUAACAUCAAUGGUGGCAUUAACGGUGGCCAUAGUAACAUAGGUAACAUCAAUGGUGGCAUUAAUGGUGGCUAUAGUAACAUAGGUAAUAUCAAUGGUGGCAUUAAUGGUGGCCAUAGUAACAAAGGUAAAUUCAAUGAUGGCAUUAAUGGUGGCCAUAGUAACAUAGGUAACAUCAAUGGUGGUGGCAACUUACAUAACGGAGUUGGCAACGUAAACCAAGGUUUUGUUGGUGGUAACAAUGGUUAUAGGGAAGCCUUUAAUGGUAACAAUGGUAACAGCGGUAUCUACAAUAGCGGAACGGGUCUUAACAGGGGAAACCAUGGAUCUUUGGUUGGAAGGAAUGGAAACGCCGUAGGGUUCAACCGUGGAGGUUCCUAUACCAACUCUGGAUCAGUCAGUCUCGGAAGUCCCGGCUACAGUAACAAUCUACGAGGCUUCGGCGACGUCCAUGGCAACAAUGCAGGCUUUGCUGGUGACAAUGGUGAUUAUGGUAACAAUAACAACUUCGGUAGACUCAAUAAUGGCCAUGGUAACGAGAACUUCAACAACGCCGGUUACAGCAACAACGUUGGUCAGGGUAACAGUCAUGGUAACAUUCGCAUUGGUGGAAACGGCGGUUACAACAACAAUGUUGGUCAGGGUAGCAGUCACGGUAACAUUGGCACUCGUGGAAACGGCGGUUACAACAAUGGUGGUGUCCAACUGACUGGUGCCCAAAAUCAGAAUCUUCCCUACGUCUUCGUGGUAACGGCGCUGUGUGUCGCCGCGGCACCAGCAGAAUAUGGCACCAACAUCAACUCAUACGGCUCCAGUGGUCGGGACCAAACCCAAUCGGUGGUACAAGACAGCCAAUUCGGCCAGGACCAGGGCAAGUCAACCAAAUCGUUGAGAGACUUAGACAGUUUUAACGGAGCACAGAACAGACAAGCCCAGAAUGGACGGAACUACAACGGACGAGCUAACCAAUACGGACAAAAGAAUGCAAAGGCUGCGGAAAGUGGUAACAAGGCAUCUCAGAACUUCGCUAAGCAGGAUGCUAAAUAUGACGAGGUUUCUCGCCAGAUCGCCGACGCUGGCUACUCACAAGGCUACCAGUCCGCUGCUCAGGGGAAGUAUGAUAAUCUGGAUGACAACAGGGCUCGUGGGUACAAUGGUGCAGCUGCAAACAAGAAGGCUUAUAACAGAGGGAAGGUGUUCAAUGACAACAUCUCUUAUGGAUUUGAUAAGAAGUUUGAUCAAGAUUUGACCGAGAGGGGAGGCUUUGAGGAGGAGAACGGCCACACCGCUCACAAGCUGGAUGAGUACAGGGAUAAGCAAAAGGCUAGGAAGCUGCUCAGAGGGGAUCAUUCUGCUGCCAAUGCCAGACAGGAUGCUCAGCACGCUCUUAAAGAAAGCAAGUUCAGCCAGAACGCUGCUCAGAAGCAGGCUGCCAAUGGUAAAUACGGAAACAGCGACAAGAAACUCGACAAAGCAGGUGCUACCCAGGAUGCUCAAGCUGUUCAGUAUGAUAGGAAGGAUAGCAAGUUCCAAGCCGAGGAUGCUGGUCGUCAACAGGCUGUCAAGAAGGCAAACGAAUUCGCAAACAAGGACAACGCUUUCGGACGCCAGGCUGCUGCCAGUCAUGCAGGAGCUCAAGGACAUGCUGACAAGAAAUACUAUGGUGGUCAUGGCAAUGAUGGAAACCACGGCGGCAUUACUGGAGGCACUGCUUACGGAAACAAUGGUGUCCAUGGCAGCUCAUCUGGUACUGGUACCGGCACCCAUGGCGAAGGAAGUGGAGGACUAGCUAAUCACAAGUAUGGAGAGGACACCAAACAGGUUGACCAAGGUAAAGAACGUCUUGCCCAGGCUGCUGGAGCCACAGAUGCUGCUCUUAAAGAAUACAAGCAGGCAAAGAACACAGGACAAUUCGCCCAGCUGAAGAGUCUUCAUGAUCAACGCAAUGGUAAAUUUGCUCAGGGAGUACACGAUGCUCAAAAUAAUGGCUUCAAUGCCAAGGAUAGCCAGGCCGCUAAAACAGCCAGUGGGGGUGAUAAGAAAUAUGCUGAUGCUGCUGCCCAGUCCAACGCGAAGGCUGCCAAACACGAUCUUGACGAGGCUGCUUUUGACAAGGAGAACUUCAAGAGGAACCAACAAGACAGGAACGAGAACUUCAAGAAGCUAAAGAGGUUCUACCAUGACAAGAAAUCUGGUGGCAACAACAUCGAGAGGCUCAACUACAACCGGAAGAGGGUCGAGAACGAGUUUGGAGAGACACAAGCUGCCCAGAAAGAUCACCAGAACCAGUUUGACAAGGCUCACAAAUCUGCAAAGCACAACCAAGCACAAAGGAAGGAUAUCUUCCAGGACGCCAAAAAGUCAUCCAAUGGCUUCAGCGUCAACAACGCCAAGAAGCUCUCUCAUGGAAAUGCUAACAACCAAGCUGCAGCCUUCAACAAAGCGGCACAGCAGGCUUAUGGAAACAAGAAAGACGUUGCAGAGGCUGACUUUUCCAACAAUAGAGAUGCUCUAACUAAGCAGCAAAAGAAUCUUCAUGAUAAUGCUGUUGGUUCUUCUGCAGCAACAUCCCAGGGAUUCAAGAACGCUGCUGCUGCCGAGACUGUGAAACUUGGAAACGGCGGUGGCAUCAGUGGUAACCUCAUCAGCAACGGUGCCCACAGAACUCCAAGAAGAGGUUUCGAAGCUGUGAAUAAUGUACAUGGAUCUGACACCCAUGGCGCUAGCAGACCAGGUUCCGUCUACCAAGGUAACACCAACCACUUCGACAAUGUUGGCGAUAACAGCUUCGGCGGUUACAGAGGUGACCAACAUAGAGGAAGAACUCUAGGAUCUGUUGGUUCUGUCAAUUCUGGAUACGGCAACAACCGCGGGCAUGGGGACAGCUUUGGGUCGAGCUUCGGUGGGUUUAAUGAUGGAUUCGGCAACUUUGGUUCCUUCGGUCAGAAUAAGGGCAAUUCCUUUGGUGGAACAUAUGCAUCUAAAUCAGGCGGAAGGUCUUCCGUGCCUCACAGAGGAGGUGACCUAAGCCUCUUUGGUUCCGGCUUUUCCUCUUUCGGUGGAUCUAGCUCAUUUGGUGCCAAACCUCAAUUUGGGUUCAGACAUAGCGCUAAAGGAAGUCUUUACUAG